GAUGGGCCGGGGCUGGCCAAUGAGCGCCGGGAGGUGAGAUUUGAAAGUGAGCGGGGAGGACGCGGGGAGAGGGGUGCUGAGGUCGGGCAGGAUAACCAAGAUGGCUGCUACAUCCCAGUUCGCCGGUCGAUACAAAAAGGAUUUGAGUACAGAAACCAUCAGAACAAAAGUUGCUCGCAGAAAAUCCAUGCUUCAGAAGGAGAACAGACACAAGUUGUUUGAAAAGGGCAGGCAGUUUGGAUUGGCAGAUGUCAAUGUGCAGUUAUCGAAAGACAGAGGAGUCUCUCAACGGAAUGAGACAAGUGAGAUGCGCUCUAAAGAGAACAGCAGUGUGAAACAGAAACAACCUACAGAUGCAGCCUCCAAGAGGAUCGAUGAGCGCAAGGUAAUGCUUCAGCGCUAUAAAGAAGAAAAGGAACUUCGAAAACUAAAAGAGCAAAGAGAGAAAGCAAAAAAGGGUGUGUUUAAAGUUGGGUUGUAUAGACCUACUGCACCUGGAUUUCUUUCUCUGGUACCUGAAGAUCCUGUGACAGUGAAGCCAAGGGAGAAGGCAGCUCCUGCUUUCUCUGAGAGGAUUACUCGGUCAAAGGCCAAGAACCAAGCAGAAAAAGCUGUGAUACCAACAACAUCUAAGCCUCCUACGGUCCGUGCCAACGGGCAUAGCGUGCGCCCUACACAAGCAGCAGGAUGCAAACAGAAGAGUACAGACAAAAUGGCUGAAAAAGGGAAAGUGUUGCAGACUGCAGUCCAGACAGCCCCAAAUGUAAGAAUCACCAGAGCAGCCGCCUCUGCAGCUAGGCAGGUGCUGAAAACUACUGCUACUGCUGAUAACCAGUCACAGAGAAAGACAGCAAGUGUAGCAAAGCAGAAGAAGGUGACAGUCAAACCUGGUGUCGUGGAGGUAAUUCCUUCUGAAAAUAAAGAGAAUGAAAAUGCUCAGCUGGAUCCAGUGACGUGUUCAGCAUCAGAACUUAAACAGGAACUGACCUCUGAAGAAAAGAACAACUCUGCUCCAGGGAGACCCAGAACGCGUUCCUUUGCACCUCAAAACUUUGUGUUUCAGCCAUUAGAUGGAUUAACAACCUAUAAAGUUACACCCAUGACUCCUUCUAGAGCAAAUGCCUUUUUGACACCUACCGCCUUCUGGGAUUUUGAAAAAUCUCCAGUUAAUAUAGCUGAAAAAUCCAGUAAAACUAAAUUUUCCUGGGAACAAGAGCCUGAUUCAAAAAGUCAGAUUUCACCUUUUUUAAAAGACCCUCAAGAGCAGCAAAUCACUACAAGUCUGAAAGGAGAACAAGCAAGAGACUCAGAUGAGAAGACUUCCAUUCAGCGAUCAAAUGAAACAAUUCCUGUCUCUACAGACACGAGAGCACUUGAAACAAAGUCAGAUGAUAUAACAGAGCAAGAGCAUGACGUGCCCUACUUCAGAAAAAUUCUUCAGUCUGAGACAGAGAGGCUGAUGUCUCAGUGCCUCCAGUGGGAUGGAACACUUGAGCUGGACAUACCAGAGGAUGCUAAAGAUCUCAUUCGCACAACAGUUGGUCAGACAAGACUGCUGAUAGCAGAAAGGUUUAAACAGUUUGAAGGACUGGUGGAUAACUGUGAAUUUAAACGGGGUGAAAAAGAAACAACAUGCACAGACUUGGAUGGAUUUUGGGAUAUGAUUUACUUUCAGAUUGAAGAUGUGAAUAAAAAGUUUGAUAAUCUGAAGAUGCUUCAAGACAAUGGGUGGCAACCACUUGAUGUCCCAAGCGAAGAAAUUGUCAAGAAAAAGACUGUUCCAAAUGGGGUGUCCAAACCAAAGCUGGGAGCAGCUGGAAGAACUGCUGCCAGAAACAGACUUGCUGCUGUAAAAGCAGCUAUGAGGGACAAAAUGAGGAAUGAUGGAGCUGCUGAUUGUACACAUCAGAAUAAGCUACCAGAGGUAGAAAAAGUGGUUUUUGAAGCAGGAUUUUUCAGAAUUGAAAGCCCUGUGAAAAACUUUCCAGACUUGCUUUCAAAGAAACCUCAUAGAUCUUCCCAGCAUGCUUCUGAAAAUCUGGCGACUCCAAGAUCAUCCAGCAGAACUUCUCAGAGCAAUUCUUCUCUUCUUUGUAACCCUGAGGAUACAACUGCAAAACAAACAACACCAGCACUCAAAGGCUUCCACCCAGCACAGAAUUUGAAUAUGCACCAAUUUACCACUGGAAAAACUCUCCCUAGUGGUUGUCUUGAACAAAGCGUUUCCCUAGAUGCAGAAGAACCCAUUCCUGUUGCUGGCACAGUGGAGGAAUCUAAGGUGCUGGAAAAUUCUAACAGUGAGUUAAAAGUAAUGGAUGGCAUGGAAGAGAUGGAACUGUCAGCUCCAGAGCAACAGGGACAAGAUAUCGUCAUGGGCAGCCCAGAGAAGGAGGGUACCUGCACAGAGACUAACUUAGCUCAGCAUGGAGAACCAAAAAUGCAUCAGACAGAUGUUUUGUGUCGUGAUUUGAUAUCUGUCGACAGAAGCCCCUUUGAUACGCCGAUGCUGGAUGGUGAGCUGCUCUUCACGCCAGUCAAGAACAAAGCCCAGAAGUUUGCAGCAGCUGAAACGUUCAGUGACCUGAUUGUAUUUUCUCCUCUUCCUCCCUCUGGGGAAAAAUGAGUGACUUGAGAUGCAAAAUGUGUAAGUUGCAUAGAAGAAAAAUCAGAGGAUGUUUAGAAUAGGCUGCAACCCAUGAACUGUGUUUUGUGAUAUCAGUAGUAUUUUAUAAUGGAACUUGUUAAAGUAUUUCGUAACUGUGUUAUGGCGCAGUCAUUGAACUAUAAAUAUUGCUGUAUAAUACUAGAGGUGUUUGCUGGUUAUUCCUGCUGUAUCCAGUGACCGCAUAUGCUGACUCCGACCUGAAAUACUUCUAUUUUUGUAUAAUUUCAUGUAUUUCCUGCCUACUUCACAUUAUCAAACUGUUCAUCUCUAAGCUUUUGUCUUGACCUUUGUUACCUCAUGAGUUCUUUCUACAGGAGAUGGGAUAAGGUUUGUCUAACAGAUGCUUAUGAGAGCAGCUGCACCUCUGCCCUGUUUGUGAUGUGAGGGCACCUCUGAGGGGGAGACUCAACCUGUUACCCACCCCAAAGCUCUGUUUUGUAUUCAGUCAGUGUUAUGAGGGUACUAUUGCACCCUUUGGCUCCAGUAUUCUGCGCCAACUGUGCUUAAUCAGCAGUUGGGACAAGGCUUGAUUCAUAUUAUUCUUUCCUGUGGAAUUCUUCCUGGUGUUUAACAAUCACUUGCUUUGUGACAGUAGAAAUUAGAACAAGCAUUUCAGGGUCAGAUAGCAUCUUUUCCUUGCGGUGUGUCAAGUAGGCAUUGAUUUUUUAGAUACUCAGCAGAGAGCUGUGUCCUUAAGUACCUUCAAGCUAAACCCCAUUCUCUCAUCCCUUUUUCAUGUAGAAAGUCUCUUAACCUUUCUUUGAACAUCUGGCCUGUUAACAUCAGCCUCUCACAUCUAGUUCCUUAUGCAUUCUCUUACCUGAACUGAUGUAUUUGUGCACAAGGAGCGUGCCAGUUACUGCUAUGCAAAUAUAAAGUGUGUUUAUAUAUAUAUGA